AUGUCCUACCAGUACACCCUCCACGGGACCCAAGGCCCAGGAAGACAUCAUUUCAAAUGCUGGGAAAAUCAGGUCUUCGUUCAAAUGCGUCGUAAUACCAAAAUUCCAUACCUACAUCUCUAUGCUCUACCUUUGCCACGCGAUCAUCAGAAACGCAAAUCUGUUGGAGAACUUGACGGGCUGGAUCUAGAAGAUGCCAAGAAAUUACAACAGGCAGCCGAUGAGAUUAUUGCGCAAACCCGAGACGACUUCGUGCAGAAAUUAAGUGAUAAGGAACGUGCGAAUGGGAGAUUGAUGUUUGAGGGGAUUAAAGAGCUUUCUGAGGAUGCGAAUUAUGCGGACGCUUUCGCAGGCUCGAAGAUGAAUCACAAGAUGAGACGUCUAUGGGUUGUUCUCAGGGAUGAGUUCGUGUUCUUGUCGUAUGGUGACGAUGGGAAGAGCUCUUGGGGCUGUCUAACACGUUCUAUCGUGUUUCGCUGCUUCCUGUUGCUCGCCACGUUUUUUGAGCAGGUGUUUUCGGGUUUGGAAGGAUUGAGACUUAAGUUUCAAGGUGAUGGCGUACAUGCGGAGCCAGUAGGCGAGGUGUGA